UGUGAGGGCUUGCGUAGCCGAGCCCCUUGCACCCCACAUGGUCGAAUUCUCGCCAGCCUAUUCAGUUGGUGCCGGUGAUGCGGCGGAUGACAGUGCGCGCUUUGAGGUUCGCUUGCAUUCCGAGCCGCAAGUGGCCAAGCCAAAGCGCGCCCUCCCACCCACGAUUCCUACGCCGCCUUUUCGGCGCACUUCGCCGCGGAGAGUUGUGAGGACUUACUUUGUGACUGUUCUCCCGGCCCCUGAGGGUACCAAAAGAGGCCGCAAGCCGGCGCCAGAGGCAGCGCCUGGCCAUGAAGAGAGCCUCGGCCAGGAGCCGACGGAACUGGAGCAGCGCAUCGCCUUUAGGGCAGAGCGUGCUCAGCGCUAUGCCUCCGACCGCGUGUUCCCUGCGCUGACCAACGCGGACAUGCUUCCCAAGUGGCACGGGGACACGGCUGCCCAGCCAGGCUCGAGGUUGCAGCAACCCACCCUGGUCUUCUUGAGAAGACAGAGGACGGUCGAAGUGAAAGAUGACAAGGAAGAGGAAUGCCAGAUUCCCUGGCGGCCCUCAGCAGCCCGCACCCCUUUGAAGCAUCCUGCCUACAUGUCCUCACUGCCGGCCCAGACGGUCACAAAGCCGGUCGCCAAGCCCGUGGCAGAUCGAAGGAAGUCCGUAACCAUGAAGCAGCAGGACACCAUUGUUUUGCGCGAGACCGGCCGGAAGAGAGCUGAGGAGCUGAACGAAAAGGUCCUGUCGAGCGUUCGCAGGAACAGUACUCAAGGUGUGAGCCUGGCCGAAUUCCACGACAAGAUUCGGAAAGCUGGAGAGACGCAGCGAGCCAAGAACCUGCCGCCAGAGCUCCAAGAUGGCUUAGAUUCAGAUAGUCAGGAGAGCCCGCAGGGACAGGAUGGACGUCAGCGCUUUGGCAGUGAAAAGGACAGCCCACACUUUUCCAAAGGGCCUUCCAAGAUUCUUUCAUUCAAUGUGGAGUAGGCUUAGGGUGCGCUUGAGUGACCACGGGGUCAUUUUCCAGCCUUCUCGAAGGUUGUUUCACCAGUUUGAGGCGGCACAGAGGGAGGGCCGGGUCACAAGUCGUUGUGCCCGGCGCGAGGUUGUUUCGUGCUGGCCAAGUGGCAAAGCCACCAGCACUCAGAAGAUGGACUAGGGGCCGUAUCCAAAGCUGCAGGCUGCCAGCGACUUUC